CCUCACAACUCUGUUUUAAAAACCUCUCUCUCUCGCGUCAAUCGCUCAUCGACUUGUUUCGAUCUCUACUCUUGCAAAAUCUGAAAACAUGGCUCUACCUAACCAGCAAAUCGUCGAUAAUGGAGGAGGCACAGUGAAUGGUGAUAAGAAGAAACCUUCUCUUCGUGGUGGUAAGAGAAAGAGGAAAACGAAGAAGGAAGCUGAGAAGAAAGAUGUGAAGAAACCCCGAGCGACCAGAACCAGACCACAGCAAGAGACUGAGUACUUUGAGGACAAACGUAAUCUGGAAGAUUUGUGGAAGGCUGCAUUUCCAGUGGGAACUGAGUGGCAUAAGUUAGAUGCAGUUUAUAAUGAAUUCAAUUGGGAUUUCAAAACUCUUGAAGAAGCAUUUGAGGAAGGAGGAAUACUCUAUGGCAAGAAAGUCUUUGUUUUUGGCUUUGCUGAACCUCAGUACUUCUAUGACACCGAAGGAAAAAAAAUGGUCCAUGUCCCAUCAGUUGUUGCUGUUGAAUCACCAUUUCCGCCUUCUGAUAAGUUAGCAAUCACAUCGAUUCAGGGUGCAGCGGAGGAAAUCGUUCCAAUGAAGCAGAUGAAAAUGGACUGGGUUCCUUACAUUCCUUUUGAAACAAGAGAUAAACAAGUUGAUAGGAUGAACUUUCAAAUUUUUAUCAUGGGCUGUACGCAAUCUGCUCUCAGACAUUUGAAGGAAGAUCGUAUCAAGAAGUUCGAGUAUUCCCUUCCUUAUUUCUAUAACCCGUUUGUGGAAGAUGCACUUGAACAGAGUACUGAGGUCGACAUUUUGUCCCCCUCUGAUUCUGAACCGGAGCCACUUGUAUUUGACUGGAAGUAUACCAAACUUCAGGAAUUUGUUGAUGAUCUGAUUGAAGGGGAAUUAUUAGCUGCUGAGAAAGAGGAUGAAUUCAAAGAGUUUGUGAAAGAGCAAGUUCGAGCAGCAAAGAAAGCUAAUAGAGAGGCUAGAGAGGCUCGAGAGAAAGCAAUAGAAGAAAUGAGCGAAGAGACUAAGGAAGCCUUUCAAAGCAUCAAGUUCUACAAAUUCUACCCUCGCCCUUCACCCCAUGUCCCUACAUUCCUGACGUCGUCUUUCAUUAACCGAUACUACGGGAAAGCUCAUCAAGUCCUUUGAAGUGGAGUCAUCAGAAAACAGCUUUUCUUCCUCUAUAGUUAAAAAAGCCAACUUCAGAAAAUGUCUUUUAUUCUUUUUCAAUUCUAUUCUUCUCUAGAAAGAAAUAAUACAUCAGUUGUAAUUAAGUAUUUUCCAAUCCCUAAGAGCUGUGGGAUGAUUUGACC